AACUCUUCCUGCAGUUCCGCAUCAGACCGCUGUGGUGCGUGCGAGGAAUCGGAUGGACAACUAAACUCAAAACACCAGAAGAAGACUGAGCAGCGAUCACUUAAGGGCGCCAAACUCUAAAAAAAGAUGUAAAUCUUUAUUUUUCAUAUCUCUACUCGAUGCUGACAGCGCAAAAACAUGCCUCUGUCAACUCAGUCCCAAGCGGACAUUGACCAGUACAUUCUGAUAGCCAGUUUGGAUAACGCGAGGAAUCUGUCCAACAUCCUUAAAGCGAUCUCUUUCAAGGACCAUGCCAUCUUCAGUGCAACGCAGAAUGGGUUAAAAGUCACUGUAGAGGACUCCAAAUGCCUUCAAGCCAAUGCAUUCAUUCAGGCUGACAUCUUUCAAGAAUACACUAUCAAAGAGGAUGCAGUUGGGUUUCAGGUUAACCUAACUGUUCUUCUAGAUUGCCUAACCAUCUUUGGGGGCAGCACAGUCCCAGGUGUGUGCACCGCACUGAGAAUGUGCUACAAUGGCUAUGGAUAUCCACUGACUUUGUUCCUGGAAGAAGGUGGUGUGGUCACCGUAUGCAAGAUCAAUACACAGGAGCCUGAGGAGCCUAUAGACUUUGACUUUUGCAGCACAAAUGUAACCAACAAGGUGAUUCUGCAGUCAGACAGUCUUAAAGAGGCUUUCUCUGAGCUUGACAUGACCAGUGAAGUUCUGCAGAUUACCAUGUCACCAAGCCAUCCUUACUUCAGAUUAUCCACAUUCGGGAAUUCUGGAAACGCCCAUUAUGACUAUCCCAAAGACUCAGACAUGAUGGAGCUGUUCCAGUGUACUAAAUUACAGACCAACAGGUAUAAGAUGUCCCUGUUGAAACCUUCUACAAAGGCCUUGGCUCUGUCCUGUAAAGUCUCUGUGAGAACAGACAGUAGAGGAUUUCUCUCUCUACAGUAUCUUGUGAGGAAUGAUGAUGGUCAGAUUUGUUUUGUGGAAUACUAUUGCUGCCCGGAUGAAGAAGUGGGUGAAGAGUAAUUGGAAAUGCUUCAUUUGACUUACUUCUUAUUAUCUCCAUCUUCAUAACUGUUUUGUUUUGUUUGAUAUUUAGCUUGCACCUGAUGGUUCCUUAAUCUGAUUCCGAUUUUAAUUUAAAUUAACGUUCUAUACUUAAAUAGAAGCUUAAUGUAGUUAGAAAUAAAAAUAAACUUGUGGAUUUUGUAUUGAAUUUGAGACAAUACUAUGUGUGAUCGGCAGGGGGCGGCAGAGAAUGCUAAUUGGGCUACUGCAUAAAAUAUUAGGAGUCUGAUGUUGGACCUAAGGUUAAAAUGUAUAUAUUAAAGAUACACGUUUUAGAUUUUGCUUUUAAA